AUGGUGGACAACACCUCUCCUGACCAAGAUGAAACAAACGAGACUACUACAACAUGCUCAAAUUUACUUCAGGGUGCCUCUCUAGGUGAACAGUUGAUCGAAGCUGCUCGUCGUAAUAAUACCCAACUCCUUAAUGACAUCAUCAAAGCUGUCUCGGAUACUGAACGCCUCACUGCUCUAUUAAACAACACUAAGACCGUACUUGGAAACUACAUUUACCACGAAGCGGCACUUCAAGGAAACUAUGAAAUAAUAGAUAUUUUGCUUGAUCAGGAGGGAUUUGAAUGUGACCCCAUAAAUCGUAUCGAAGGGGAUACACCACUCCACAGCGCGAUUCGCUAUAUCAACAGUCUAUCGGCAUUGAAAAAGGCCGAAGUUAUGCCGUUUGCAAAAGAUCUUAUUACUAUGAUGAUUGAAGCUGGGUCAGAUCCUCGCAUUAAAAAUAAAGCAAAACUCACACCAUAUCAACUAGCUGAUCCAGGUGAUCAAGAAUUACGGCGGAUCAUACAAGAUGCAAUAGACGCGGAUCAAAAUAGAUGUGACUUUAUUAUUCAAGAUGAUGCCGUUUACAGUGAUGAAAAUUCAGAACGAGGUAGUGGAAGUGAUAGUGAUUUUGAUCAGGAGGAAUAUCAGCGCCAAAAAGAAAGACAAAAACCGUCCAAAAUUGAUGAGUGA